UCUCAUGAGACACACCCAGGUUAUAUCCUCUGUGGAAGCUACAUUACGAUCUGCUUAAAACAGAAACAGCAGCAGAGUCUGACUCAGGGAGCUCAGAAAAUGGCAGAAAAAGAGGAAGCAAGAACAGAUGUCGCUGGGAUUCAAGCAAACUUGCCUAAAAAGCUCAUUUUGGAGAACUUCAAGAGUGGGCAAGAAAGCAAGAGAGAUCGCCAGAGUCCAGUAGCACCUGAGAAAAGCAGCAAGCUCCUGUCCGGGCUCCUGGCCAUGAAUGUUGUGUUUCUAGGAGCUGCUUUCAUCCUGAGUGCCAUCUUCAAUCAAGCUUCUGUACCAGGAACCCAUGUCCUGAUCCUUCUAAUGGUCCUCAGUGCCUUGGACAUGGGCUGGAUGAUGUUUCACCAAUCUGCUGCCCACUCCGUCCCUCACCAAGACCUUCAUGCUGGUGCCAUCUGGCUAAGGGGGGCAGUGUUGCUGUUUGGAAUCUGUAGUGUCGUGCUUGAUGUUUUCAAGACCGGAUACUUCUUUCAAUACAGCAACGGUGGCGGAACUGUGAAGGCAGUUUAUUCCAUUGUGGAAGCGAUCUUCAUCAGUGCACAGACCUACUUAUUGUGGUUUCACUCGAAAGAUUGCUUCCACACGCGCCGUAAUAUCACCAGAUGUGGGCUGAUGCUUACCAUAGCUACAGACCUGGUACUAUGGAUGAAUGCAGUGACUGAUGAUUCGAUUCAUGUGGAAUUGGAGGUUGAGGAGCAGACUGCACACAAUGGGAACAGCACACGCCUUUCAGAUUACAUCAACAUUACAGCCUACAGCUGUCAGAGUGAGCUGUGCACUAUUUUUCGCAAGUGUGUUGUUAUCAUGUACCCUUUUAACAUAGAGUACUGCCUCAUCUCCUCUACCAUGCUCUACAUCAUGUGGACAAACAUCGGAAGAACCAUUGACCACCAUAUAACUCAUGCAAGUUACAAGUUCAGAGGUUUUGGCCUUGUUUUGGGACCACUGCUGGGGUUAGUGGUGAUAAUUAUUGGAUUGUGUAUCUUCAUCCUGUAUCAGAUAGAGAUUUCAACUGAUCCUUCACAGCCCAAACCCUUUGUGCAGUUCUAUGUUUUCCACAUCAUCUUGCUCUCAGUCAUGUCUCUCUGCUCUCUAGCUGGUACAGCCAUCCACAAGUUGGGGGAGAGACAUGUUGACACCAAGGAGAACCCAACUCGCAGUCUAGAUGUGGUUCUGUUGCAGGUAGCUGCGCUUGGCCCAUUGUGCAUCUCGUAUUUCUCUAUCGUGGCCAUUGUGUCCACCCAUCUCAGGCAGCCUGUGGAUAUUCUCAAUCUCACCUACUCAAUGCUCAUAAUCAUCGAACACAUACUGCAGAACCUCUUCAUUAUUGAGGGUUUGCAUAGACAACAUGUUGCAGAAGAGCUUUGUUUAAGAUCUGGGGAGAUGAGUGAGAAGGACCUCACCACUGACCCUCAGCAGGAGGCACUGCCCUUAGAGGUAGGCAAUGAUGUUCAUGAGCCCACUGCAGCAGCAACGUUAAACACAAUUACUGAUGGACAAGAUGAGCCAAGUAAUGCUAAUGGAGUGAUCAACUGUUCAUCCGAACUGGACUUGAGAACUUCCCAACUGUCGCUACAAACGAACAGCAAAUUCAACUGGAAACGGAAGCUCCUGAAAGAGAUCUCUAUGUUUAUGAUCAUGUCCAACCUAAUACUCUGGAUUAUACCUGCAUUUGGAGCUCAUCCCCAGUUUGAAAAUGGUCUUGAGAAACGGUUCUAUGGGUUUUCAGUCUGGUUUGCCAUUCUGAAUCUUGGGCUGCCAUUAGGAGUUUUUUACAGAAUGCAUGCAGCUGGCAAUCUCCUGGAAAUCCACCUCACUGCCUGAUCCCUCAAUUUGUUAGUGAAGAGUAAAUCACCUGAUUCUUGACUCCCUCUUACUGAAGUGUAAAUCACUGCCUGAUUCUUCGCUCUGUUACCAAAGAAUAAAUCGCUACCUGAUUCUUCGCUCUGUUACCGAAGAAUAAAUCACUGCCUGAUUCUUCGCUCCAUUACUGACGAGAAACUCACUGCCUGAUUCUUUACUCCGUUAAAGAGUAAAUCACUGCCUGAUUCUUCACUCCGUUACUGAAGAGUAACUCACUGCCUGAUUCUUCACUCCGUUACUGAAGAGUAACUCACUGCCUGAUUCCUCACUCCAUUACUGAAGAGUAACUCACUGCCUGAUUCCUCACUCUGUUACUGAAGAGUAACUCACUGCCUGAUUCCUCACUCUGUUACUGAAGAGUAACUCACUGCCUGAUUCUUCACUCCAUUACUGAAGAGUAAUUCACUGCCUGAUUCUUCACUCCAUCACUGAAGAGUAAAUCGCUGCCUGAUUCUUCUUAAUUACUGAAGAGUAAAUCACUGCCUGAUUCGAAGCAUUGACUAUUGGUUGAAUGCUUUUGGAGAUGAGCUGUCAUUAUUUAGUGUAAUGAAAAAGGUUGUAGGGAACUCAGCCAUCAUUUUACUUGUUGGAAAUCCAAUGUUUUUUGAGUUGACACAGAUUCACUGUUGAAGUGGUGAAGGGGUCAGAGAGCCAGUGUGGAAAUUCUAACAGAUGAAGAGGGAACCAAUGUAAAACAAAGGUUGUAUUCCACACAAUUCUGCAACAUAAACCUCAAGUUGCAAUUAGACAAUUGACUGUAAUGUGUGAUUGAGCAUUUCACGUUUAUGUGCACCAGGUGAAAUAACAAGGAACUGCAUGUGGCUCCAACAAGAGAGACAGAGGGAGACACUGGCAUAAGGGAGACAGAGAUUAGCUCAAGGCGGAGACAGACAUAGACUGACAUAAGGGAGAGAUGUGAAAGAAAUUAGCCAGGAGGUUGCAGCAAUCAAAGAUUUUCAGAAACAAUACAUACCAAUGAACUGGUCAAGGACAUCCCAUCAUUGAAAGUUUUCUCCACGAACCCUGGGCCAGCAACCGAUCAUUUGUUCUGAACCUGAACUGCUGUACACGAAGAGUCAAAGCUCCAGGUGAUGGAGAGAAUUUCAUUGCCAGGAUGUGCGCGGGAUGAAAGUGUACUGAUGACAUUGUGUGAUUGAUAUAGAUUGUCAAUGUAAAACCACAGCAGCUCUAGUGUACAUGACUGGAACACUAACCAUUGGCAGCUCUGGUCCUGACUGAGUGGAUAGUUGGCAAAUUGCGUCGGUGAUCAGAGGGUGAUUCUGAUGUGGUGACAGCCACUUAAUUCUUUCAAAUGUCAAUUGUAGUAAUAACCAGACAAAGCAAGGGAGCUCCACUGAAUACCCAGUGCAUUAGGUACUGUACAAGGGACAAGUGGUGCCCGAUACAUGGCUUUAAACCAUGGCUCAGUUGGCACCAAUUUCACUUCCAAGUCAAAAGGCCUGUGUUCAAGUUUCAUUCCAGGACUUGAAUACAAAAUUCUAGUCCAACAUUCCAGUGCAGUACUGAGGGAGUGUUGCACUGUCAGAGGUGCAGUCUUUCAGGUGAGACAUUAAAUGGAGGCUCCGUCUGCCAUCUCAGGUGGAUUUAAUAGAUCCAGUGGCACUUUUCGAAAACAGCAAGGAAGUUCUCCCCAGUGUCCUGUAUUUAUCCCUCAAUAAAUGUCACCAAAAUAAGAUUACCUGGUUAAGUAUCACCUUAUUGUUUGUGGGAGCUUGCAGUGUGCAAAUUAGCUACUGUGUUUCCUAUUACAGUAAUGACCAUACUUCACUUUGGGAUGAUUUGAGGCCAGGAAAAGCAUUCCUUGAUUGGACUACAGGAGGGAACAGCUUCAUUGGAAGGGAUUUAAAAAAACUGUUCACAAACUUCUGAAAUGACUUUUUUGAAUACUUUGCACUUCUGAGUGCAGAACCGAGCUGAGGCAAUCCUUAAUGUGGUUGUCAGUGACCUAGAGGAAUCUGUCCAUGGAUCCUGAUGCCUGACCAUUUAGAAAUCAAUUGCUUUCGCCCUGGUGGUUUAAGAUUUUGAGGGGGAGAACUCAACAUUUACAACAUCACCCCUCACAGGUGUCAGUGCAAAUGCACAGAGUCAGUUAGUAAAAUCAAAAUUAUUUUUGAGCCAGUAUUUAUUUCAGAGAGGUGUGAACUUUCCACAACAAGGGACCAGACCAGUUAUCAGCUGGUUUCUCUUCAUUAAAACUGAAGGGUCCAAUGAGCACUGGGAAAUUGAAAUCACCAUUUUAAAAAAUAUACUAUAUAUCAAAAUCUUCAGUCAAUAACUUUAAGGGUGAUUAUUUGCUGAUUAAUACAUAAGAACAUAAGGACUAGGAGCAGGAAUAGGCAAUUCAGCUCCGUGAGCCUGCCCUGCCAUUCAAUAUGAUCAUGGCUGAUCUCAUUUCGGCCUCAACUCCAAUUUCCCACCCUCUCCCCAAUAAGAAUACUAGUUGUAAUAAAUAAGCUAACAAAAUAGGUUUGAUUUCAGCAAUUUUUUAAACCAUGGAUAGUCUCACACAAAUCCAGCUUGCAUUUCUAAAGCACCUUUAAUGUUGUAAAGUAUUCCAAUGCACUUCACAGAAAUAUUAUAUAACAAAAUUUGACACUGCGCAACAUCAGGAGCUAUUAGUACAGGUGACCAAAAAUGUGGUCAAAGAGCUAGGUUUUAAGAAGUGUCUUAGAGGAGAGAGAGUUGGAGAGAUCCAGCUGGUGGGACCGCACUCACCUCGUUCCAUUCUUAUCUAUCCAUUCAGAACCAGAGAAUCGCCUGCUCCUGCACCAUUACCUCCGGAGAUCCCAAAUAUCUAUCCCUGAGCCCCUCUCAUUUCCCAUCUCCACGCUGCCCCUCAGCGACAUCACCUGAAAACACACAAUUAGAUUCCACUUGUCAUCCAGUACUGGAUAAGCAGAAAUUUACUCCAACUAAAUAUUGGAAAGACUGAAUACAUUGUAUUUGGACCCUGCCACAAACUCUGUUCUCUAAACAACUACUCUAUCAUUCACCCUGGUGAUUGCCCGAGGCUGAUGGAAGGGGUCAUCAACGAUGCUAUCAUGUGCCAACUGAUUUAGCAAUAGCCUGCUCACUGACACUCAGUUUGGGUUUCACCAGGGUCACUCAGUUUCUGACCUCAUUACAGCCUUGGUUCAAACAUGGACAAAAGAGCUGAAUUACACAAGUGAGG